GAGACUAGAGGACAGUGAAAGACAUCUCGAUACAAACACCCCACCACCUCUUCACUGUUACGAUCGACUGCAGCUCUUCUCUUUGAACCUCACAUCUCCAAAGCAUAUCAUGCAUUCUGAAUGCUGUAUACACAGGAUUCUUUAAUGAUGAAGCUUCAUCCUUGAUAUAUUCAGUUCUCAGCUCCUUUGUCUUGCAACCAAAUCUCCACAUCUCUCGACUUCGGGCCUCAAGCCUCACCUCAAAGCGGUUGGUGCCAACUUGAAGUCGCAGUCAACAGACUCCAAAUAUCAAUCUCCAAAGCAUUCAUCGAGCACCACGAAGAGUGGUGACCCAUACAGGCGAAAUGCAAAAAUCUCGUAUCAUUCGGAAUUUCGAUGGCCAGAACAGGUAUAGGCACCGCGACUCAGGUUUCCAAGUGAAGCUAAAAUGGUCUUCCAGUCUUAAGAUUCCUCACGAGGAUCAAGUAACAAAGUCAACAAGGUCACCCAGUUACCUUCCUGGACACGGUGAUAUAUCCUCCACCGAUGCAUUGCCAUCCAAUUCGCGCCAUGAACUGGACCUUGACAGUUUUUCCGAAGACAUAACCAAGCAAAUCGAGAACGCCUUUCAUUUUGGGGAUGAGGAACAAGUUACUCUCGCUUUGCCAUAUACUCCAAAGGGUCAUGCGCAAGAACAAGCAGCAGAUAAGCAAGAUAAUGAUGUCGACAGAGGUUAUCAAAAAGACAGUUCAUUCGUCGCAAAGUUUAGAAGCUUCACGGGAGGCUCAGCGAAAACAGUGAGCGGCGCAGAUAGACGCAGCUAUCAAACCCAAUCAUCAACAACAAGUACUGGAGGCUCUCGCUCUUUUCGAUCCGAUUCAGUUGCGACCCAAGACACAAACUUGACAGGGACCAGUACGAUAGGAACCACAAAGAGCGCCUUGAGCGUAACAACCACGAAGACAAAUAACGUAAGACCGAAACCCCUGGUCCUUCCUGUGGUCAGUCCAAGUUAUUCUAAAUUUAUCGGUUCUCCUCAUGAUUACUGCUUCCUUGACUUGGACGUCAUAAGGUCCGAAACGAUAAGACCGAGCAACAUCACCGGGCUUCUGCCGAGAUCACACAAUGCAAGAUUGUCACACCCACCAAAGCAACCAAGCAGAGAUAAAAACAAGUCCGACAAAUCCGGUCCAAACUUGGUAGUUGAGUUCGACAAGAGAGUCAGACAUAUACGUCACAUAACAGGUACUCAAGGAAAUUUUUGGUCGACGAAAAACCCCAAUUCAACACGAAGAAUUCAUCAUGGAAGAAAAUGGAAUGAUAAGAACCUAAGAUGCACCAGCUGCUUGGGUGAAUGCCCUAUAUGUGGCAUAGCAUGCUGUUUGUACGAGGCAACUCGACGAAAGAGCGCCAGAAAAUGUUCCAAAGACGAUAAAAAGGCAGAGGAGCACCGGCUCAUGCAAAUUAUUCAGGACAUAGGCUCUCGUGCUAAGGAUCUUAACAGGUUCUCCAAGUGUACUGAGGACGGAGGCUGCGGUCGAUACGUAUGCCCGGACUGUUGCGGUGCUUGUCCAUUAUAUGAAUGUCGUGAUAUUCAAUGCAAGGACUGUAAAGCUAAUCCAUGGGCUCCAUGCGAUUGGCAUGAUAAUUGAGGCCGUUGUACCAUGACCGAGGCGAUGAGAAAUACCGGACUCUUUUUUUCAAAUCGAGGCAUUAUACUGAAGUGAGAAACGAAAGAAUUGAUCUCGAGGAAAUUCCAUGCUUUUUCUUCUUGAUGUAUCAACUCCGAAGAUACCCAGUUUGCAUCGAGGGGCG